AUGGGUUGUGGUAAUGUUAGUACAAUAAAAAAUGAUUUAAAAAUAUCUAUUUAAGAAAAACAUCGUUUAGAAAUGUUAUCAUCUUAAACAAAUAUUAGAGACGUAUAUAAUUUUUAAGGAGUAUUAGGGAAAGGCGGUUUCGGUACUGUAAAAUUAGCAUAUAUACUUUUGAGAGAAUUCGAAACUUUGCGUACUUUAGAUCAUCCUAAUAUAAUAAAAUUUUAUGAAGUUUAUUAGGACGAAAUGUUUUUUUAUAUUUGUAUGGAAUAUUGCGCAGGAGGUGAGUUACUUGAACGUAUUACUUAAAGAAAAUAUUUUAAAGAAAAGGAAGCAGCUUUUAUUAUGGAAAAGCUUUUCUCUGCAGUAAAUCAUAUGCAUUGUAAAGGAAUUGUACAUAGAGAUUUAAAACCUGAAAAUAUCCUUUUUUCAACAAAAAAUAAAGAUAGUGAUUUAAAAAUUGUAGAUUUUGGACUUGCUAAUAAAUUUGACGAUAAAUAAUAAUUAAGUACUAUGGUUGGAACACCUUUGUAUGUUUCACCGGCUGUACUAAAAGGAAAAUAUGAUAAAUCUUGUGAUAACUGGUCAUUGGGUGUUAUUUUAUAUAUUUUAUUAGUAGGCUAUCCUCCCUUUUAUGGAGAAAAUAAAAAUGUAAUCUUUUAGAAAAUAUAAUCUGGAAAAUAUUAAUUGGAAAGUAAAGAAUGGUAAAUGUAUCAAAUGAAGCAAAAGAUUUAGUAAAAAAACUUCUAGUAGUAGAUUCUAAGAAAAUAAUUUAGAUUCCAGAUGCCUUAAGGCAUCCUUGGAUUCUAUAAUUUGCAAGAAGAAUAUCUAAAGAACGACAGGUGGAUUAGCAGCAGGAUUCUCAACAGCCAACUUAGAUCCUGUAGAUUCUAAAUAUUAAACUUAUUGAAGAAUUUUAGAACAACAAGUAAGUUUAAAACCGAAGUUAUGAAAGUAUUGACUGGACUUAUAAAAAUAAAUGAUCUUUAAAUAGUUAUGGAAUAAGCAGGAUUUAAACAUACCAAAGAAGAAAUCGAGAGAAUUGUGAAAAACGUUUCUCCUGAAAGUUAGACAGGGGGAGAGCAUUCGAAUAACAAUUAUAUUACUAUUCAUGACCUUAAAGAAAUAUUCCUAAGAAAUGGCAGGAUUAUUCCAGAAAAUGAAAUUAAGAAAAUGGUUUAAGAAGUAGAUCCUAAUAAUGAUGGAAAAAUAUCUUUAGAAGAAUUUAAAUAGCUUAUGAUUGAAGAAGAAGUUGAUUAUAAAGCAUGA